GUGGCAGCACGAAAGCCCCAUUCCCUCUGGAUUAGGAUAAUAUUGUAUUUUGAGCAUCAUUGGUCAAGUGUUUAGUCUAUCUGAAAUAUUGGCUAUAUGCCUACAAUUCAUUUGAUUGUAGUCCUUUGGAAUACAUUUUUAUCCCCGCACAUUUUCAUAACAGGUCAGUAAAACAGGUAGCAUAUUAUUAUUAUUUUUCAUGCCUAUUUGGAUGAAUCAGGCCUGUCAGAGUGAAUUGCAAUAUGCUGAAGCCCUAUUGUGGCUAUUGGGGAGAACUGUGAGGUGAGGAGCAAUUGUGAAAGAGUUGCAAAGCAAUGAUGUCAUAGUUUUAAGUAUGUGCCAUGGGAGAGCAUAUGGUUCGUACCCGCUGCCGAGCGGCAGUGUUGCUUUGUUAUGAACAGGCGGCGCUGUAGCUGGCUGAAGAGUAGGUCGCCCAGCCCAGUAUAUUUUCACCUGGAAAAUAGAAGCCGAGGGGGAGACGAGAAAACCGGAGGAGAAAAGACGGUGUUGGCAAGAGGAGAAAGAGAAAGCUACGAUAAUGGCCGCUAAAUCGGAUGGGGUAUUGAAAAUGAAAAAGAGCGAUGUGGCUUUCACGCCUUUGCAGAAUUCGGACCACUCGGGCUCAGUACAAGGACUCGUUCCAGGAUCGCAGCCGGAUUCGGGAACCGGGGAUGGGGACUUUGUGAAUGGGGAAUCUCGGUGCUGUGGUUCUAAUUCGACAUGUCUUCGCCUUGGCAGAGAGCAGCACACAAAAUACACGAUAUGGGACUGUCUAUGGAUCCUCGCCGCAGUGGCGGUGUAUUUCGCCGAUGUAGGCACCGAUAUUUGGCUUUCUGUCGACUAUUACCUCCGUCGCGAGUACUGGUGGUUCGGGCUCACACUAUUUUUUGUGGUGUUAGGGUCGUUCUCCGUCCAAGUCUUCAGUUUCCGAUGGUUCGUCCACGAUUUCAGCACCGAGGAGAGCUCAAAUGCCGCCGGUGCGGCAAACUGCUCAUCCCACAUGGACGGGAAGCUGCUGAGCGGUUCUACUUCACAUGGAGAUGUGGGCGCCCACCCGUCCACACCUCAAAAACAGGCAUCCACCGCCAGCAAGAGCAACACCACAAGCAACAGUAACAGCAGCACCGCAACCCGGACUAAUAAGCAAAGGUCGGCGUCCUGUUCAGUCUUUAUCUGGUCCGCUCUAUCCGUCAUCCACAUCUUGCAGCUUGGGCAGAUUUGGAGGUAUUUCCAUGCCAUCUACCUGGGCAUCCGGAGUCGGCGCAGUGGGGACCAUGACCACUGGAGGUUCUACUGGAGGAUGGUGUACGAGUUCGCUGACGUCAGCAUGCUGCACCUCCUGGCCACCUUCCUGGAGAGUGCUCCUCAGCUGGUCCUGCAGCUCUGCAUUAUCAUCCAGACCAACAAACUGCAGGCCGUCCAAGGAAUGACAGCGGCUGCCUCCCUGGUGUCUCUGGCCUGGGCCCUGGCGUCCUAUCAGAAAGCGCUGCGAGACUCCCGGGACGACAAGAAGCCAAUCAGCUACCUGGCUGUCAUCAUCCAGUUCUGCUGGCAUUUCUUCACCAUCGCUGCCCGAGUCAUCACCUUCGCCCUGUUCGCCUCCGUGUUCCAGCUCUACUUCGGCAUCUUCAUCGUCCUGCAUUGGUGCUUUAUGACCUUCUGGAUAGUCCACUGCGAGACCGAGUUCUGCAUCACCAAAUGGGAGGAGAUUGUCUUCGACAUGGUCGUUGGGAUCAUCUACAUCUUCAGUUGGUUUAAUGUGAAGGAAGGUCGUACUCGGUGUAGGCUCUUCAUCUACUACUUUGUGAUCCUGCUGGAGAACACUGCUCUGAGUGCCCUGUGGUACCUGUACCGCGUCCCUCAGAGCACCGACGCCUUCGCCGUCCCCGCCCUCUGUGUCAUCUUCAGCAGCUUCCUCACCGGCAUCGUCUUCAUGCUCAUGUACUACGCCUUCUUUCACCCCAACGGGCCCCGCUUUGGACGUUCGCCCAGCCUCGUGCUGGAUGACCCCACCGCUGCCUUCAUGCUACCCGCCGAGGGGGCCACCAACUCGCUGAGGUCCAACCGGGGCGUGCCCCUCAUCUCGGGGGACGGCACCAUUGGUAGAGACGCCAAAUACACAGAGAGGGACGGCUGCAUGCCCGUGUUUCAGGUGAGACCCACCGCCCCCUCCACGCCGUCCUCCCGCGCCCCGCGCAUCGAGGAGACCGUCAUCAAAAUAGACCUGUGUCGGAAUCGCUAUCCUGCCUGGGAGAGGCACGUACUGGACAGGAGUAUACGCAAGGCCAUCCUGGCCAUCGACUGUUCCCCCGCGCCACCCAGACUCCAGUACAAAGAUGACACUACUGUCCAGGAGCGCCUGGAGUACGAGACCACGUUGUAGCCCUGCACCGCUGCCUGGAUGCCUGGAUGAUGGAUCCAUGGAAAUGCUCAACUGUAAUACCAUCAACUCGGAUUUACAGCAGGACCGUGGCAAUAAUACGUUAUGAGCUCUCUAUAUACAUACUAGUAUUGAACCAUGAUGUUGGUUGUCAUGGUUACAACUUCAGAAUAGGCACAACUUACUAGUUGUGACAGAGGGAUAUAUUCAUGUUUUCUAAACAGAGUUUAUUUGGUUGAUGUUGUCGUUAUUGCUCUUGUUUUUUUUUAUUACGUCCGUCAGGGAAUCUCUUAUUUAAUAAAAGGCUGUUGCACACACAAAUACACAUUUAUCCCCAUAGUCUAUCAUAAUGAAAGCAGCAUUCCAAUGAAUGACCUCAUGUCCCUUCAUAAUAGGUGGGUUAUGAAGGUUCAUAAAAGGUUGUUAUGAAGGUUCAUAAUAGGUUAUAACAGUUCGUUAUGAAGGUUGUCUGAGCUCUGCCAUCUAGGUGUAAUCAAGCAGAAGACCAUACACAUGCUCCUCAUGUGACAAAAGUACCAAAGUACUCAAUGUAGGGUCAUUGCUGGUUCCUAAUGUUUACCUACGGCAUCUCAAACAUCUAUAGUCAUCUCUACUACCACCAUCUUAGACCUGCAAAGAUAUACUGAACAUUUACAGAUACUAGUAAUAUCCCCUGAUAUACAUAGUGGACGUGUUAAUUAACAAAAAGAAAAAAAGGUAAUCAAAUGGUCUUGAUUCAUAUUAGGAUGGUUCUAGUUAUUUCUGUGAUGUAAUUAGCGACAUGAGUAGAGAGUUGUGUCUGUCAUACUGUACAUGUGUACUGGUCCUAAGUUCUGAUGUCAUCAGCCAUGUUGUGCUAGUGCCAAAAGGUCUGAAACUACUGGAUUGUGUGGACUGAGUCUGUGGGUCGGUGGCUGUGACUGCCAGUAACUGGACAGUACUAGAUUCAGGCAGGGCAGAACUACUAUUUACUUGAAUACAACAUUGAAGAAAGAGUACUGUACCUGGGCAUCAUGCUGUUUAUAUGCUACAUAAAACCGAAAUGUUAAUGUACUGUGGAGAGACUGAAGGACAAACCUCAUCUUUGUUCUUGCCUGGAUUAAAAGGCAGCAGGACAAAUAUACCUUCCUAGAAGCUCCCAUUUACAGUCCAGUCUCGUGCAUCUCUGAUCUGGGCUGCCGUAUGGCUGAAAAGGAUCAGUCUACUAGCUGAGCCACACAGAUCUGUUCUGUAUGGGGAGGAGGAGAGGAGAGGAGAGGGGGAUGAGAGGAGGAGGAGAGGAGGACAUAGACAAGCAGCCACUUCAGCCAAACUACUCUCAUAACUGAAGCACCUGCAGGAUGUACUGUCAGAUUAAAGAUGCAACAUUCUUUCUAACGUUGUAUGUAACUGAUGUGAAAGUGUAUUGCCAUCCGUUUGUGUGUGUGUGUGUGGAUGUGUGCGUGUGUGUGUGCGUGUGUGUGUGUGUGAGAGAGACAAAGCAUGGCACAGGAGGGCACGUGUAGAUGCUACAAUCAGUGGUCAUUUUGUCUGCAGCUAUAUAUUGUAGUGCAAGGAACUAGAGAUGUGCACUUCAGCCCUAUGGUGCAAACUGCUGCUGUAGCCUAUACUCAACACAAGAGCAGUACCACACAGAAGAAUUCUAGGGCGUAUACCACUGAUAUCAUUGUGACUGUCAACACCCAACAUCAAUGGUGUCAAGAUGGUGUUUGGAGCAGGUAAAAAAAAGUGUUUCAACUUUGUGCUCUGACUUAAGCCCCAGGCACUAUGACUGUGGAUGUGAUAUCUAAAAAAGAACAUUGUAUCUUUAAAUCUUGAAAAGGCGUCUGCACAAAAAUGAAAGUUUGUACCUUCUUUUUCAGUUCUAGGUCACAAGCGCUUAUUUUUUUUGUCUUGUUCAUUUGAAGUAUGGAGAGAAGAGGAUGACAAGGAGGAGAGGGAAAAAAAACAAGCACAAAACUUGUCAGUGGAAUUAAUCAGAGCACAUUGACGAAAGGAAAUCGUGCCAUUCAAUGUGAAAGUUUGAGGGAAAAAGCUCCUGAUUAGUCCAGUAAGACGUGCCUGUUGUGUUCGAUUAGAGCUAGAUUUUUAAUCUCUACUGAAUGGUAUAGAUUUAUUUUAGGUCAACUGUUUUUGUUGAAAUGUCUUAUUAUUUGAAGUAUUCAUAUACGUUAGUAUGUGGGUAAUUCUUCAUUUGAACAUGGUUUACUUUGCUUUCACAUAAUUUGCCUUGUUGCCGCGCCAUCACACAAAUUGUCUUAGUUACAGUAUGUCUGUUCCCUUGUGUUCUGUGGUAUGUCUUACUCAACUCCACUAAAUAUUCAGAAGUGAAUGCCGCUACACAUCCAAGAGACUCUCUAAAAAGGGAUUUUUGGUAAUACAUGCAGAAGCACUUGGUAAAAUCAUGUCCACAGCUCUGUUUACUUCUGAGUUGAAUUCAGUGUGGAGCAACAUUAAUUAAUUGAUGCGGCACUCUUUAUUAGAACAACUCUUAUCUUUUCAGUUUCUCUCAUUAACCGGUCUGUUUUGAGUUGAAUUUAAAAUAAGAUGCUUUUAUUUAUUUACAAU